AUGCGUAGCCGAGGAUCGAGUAACCGGAUAUCUAAUUCUGGUGCUGGCUCUACUUUUCGUUCUAGAAUUUCAGCUUUGAUUCUCGCCAUGUUCGCUACCAUGGCUACGGUUUACGUUGCCGGCCGGAUGUGGCAGGAGGCAGAGAGCAGAGUAUAUUUAAUUAAAGAACUUGGUAGGAGAACUGGUCAGGGUCAUUCUUCAGUAUCUGUUUCUGAGACUUUAAAAAUUGUCGCCUGCGAGGAACAACUGAAAAAAUUAUCAUCUAUUGAGAAGGAUCUAGAUGCUGCUAAGCAAGAAGGUUUUGUUUCAAAGGAGCAUUCGGGAAAUGAUGGUACUCAUUCCAAGAAAAGGCUUUUAGCUGUUAUUGGCAUCGUCACAACAUUUGGAUGGAAGAAAAACUGAGAUGCACUACGGAAAGCUUGGAUGUAAUCUGGUGCGGCUUUGAAAAAAUUGGAAGAAGAGAAGGGAAUUGUUGUGCGAUUCAUAAUAGGAAAAAGUGCAAAUCGUGGAGAUAGUUUAGACAGGGAGAUCAGAGAUGAAAACAGCCAGACUAAUGACUUCAUUAUUUUGGAUGGAGUGGAGGCACCUGAAGAACGUUCUAAGAAGAUAAAGUUUUUCUUUGCUCAUGCUGUAGAGAGCUGGGAUUCAGAGUUCUAUGUUAAGGUCAACGAUGAUGUUUACGUUAAUAUUGAUGCUCUAGGAGCAAAACUUUCUGCUCAUUUGGAUAAGCCUCGUGUUUAUAUGGGGUGUAUGAAAUCAGGAGAAGUUUUCUCUGAACCGACCCACAAAUGGUAUGAACCAGAUUGGUGGAAAUUUGGUGAUUCUAAAUCGUGA